CAGUCGCCACCUGUUGAAAACAUCUUCGUGACUAAAAUUGCACACCUGAGUUUUUACUUCUAGAAGCUGCCCGCCACUUCUUUGCUUCUUAGAGAGAAGACAAAAUGGACAAACUAAAGAAGGUGCUGAGCGGGGAGGAUGACGGCAACUCGGACGCGGCAGGAAUCCUGGAGAGAGCCAAUAACGCAUCAACGCUAGCCUGGGGGACAAGAAUGAAAGGCUUUCUCAUCUGUUUCAUUUUGGGUGUGCUGUGUUCCAUUCUGGGCACGUGUUUGCUGUGGUUACCAGCGUUUGGACUUGCGGUUUUUGCUGUCCUCUACAGUGUAGGAAACAUCUGUGCUCUAGCCAGCACCAUGUUCCUGAUGGGACCGUGCAGGCAGUUAAAGAGCAUGUGUGCCAAAGAACGAGCGCUUGCCACCAUCAUAAUGCUGGUGUGUCUGGCUCUGACUUUAUGUGCAGCUUUCUGGUGGAAGAGCUUCGGUCUUGCACUGCUGUUCUGUCUCUUGCAGUUUUUAGCAUUCACCUGGUAUGGCCUUUCAUACAUCCCCUUCGCCAGAGACUGUAUCAUGAAAUUAUUUUCCUUCUGCUUCUAAACAUCUGAAUGACCAUUGAGGGUGCUGCGAGUCGGCGGACUAGGUGUCAGGUGUGGUUUCCAUGGUGACCAGUUGUCUCUCCGCAUCCUGUGUGUGUUUAGUUGUACACCUGUUUAGUGUAUGGGGUGUAGUUUUUAUUAUUUAUUGUAAUAGACGUGUUAGGAUAUUUCACAGCACAGCAGGUAUUCAUAUUGUAUUUGUAUUUAUAUAACUGGUAUAUAUUAAAUAUCCAAUUACUGAUAAAAAUAUUAGCCAUUAAUAUUAAUUAGCAAAUUUGAGGUCAAAACUUAUACUAUUUCAGAACAGCUGGACUGAUACCUAAAGUGCUGUCCUUGUGACCACUAUGAUGCCACAUGAAGUGUGGCUAACGGCUCUGUGCCUUUUUGUCUCAUUCUGCUUGUAAUGUCCGAAUAUUUCAGAGAAGGGUUUCAGUAGUCUGUUGGUUGGGUAUCGUUGACAUAUACCGUAUUUUCCGCACCAUAAGGCGCCCUGGGUUAUAAGCCGCGCCUUCAAUGAACGGCAUAUUUCAAAACUUUGUCCACCUAUAAGCCGCCCCGUGUUAUAAGCCGCAUCUAACUGCGCUAAAGGAAUGUCAAAAAAACAGUCAGAUAGGUCAGUCAAACUUUAAUAAUAUAUUAAAAACCAGCGUGAUGUGGGCGCGCAUGGAGUGGUAUAUCAACA